UGUCGACGUCGCUGGUCGUCGCAGCAGCGGCUUUUUGUUUCCGUUCCGUUAAGUCUGGCCAUUCGCGUUUUUCCUAGGAGUCGGUGCGGGCUUUGCUGCGCGGUUGAUUUUUACUGUUGGUCUCUCUGGCCUGCGCCUGGAUAUCGCAAAAAACCCAACCAGACUGCCUGCCUGCCCGGAGAACAAUUCCAAUUCAUUGCCAACUCUGAAUUUAGCCGGCAAUAAAACCGAAAGUGUCUGGCUGCCAGCAGCAUUCGUGGUUCCCUUUGAUGAGCCGCCGCAACCGCAGACGCCACUCGAAUGUGAUUGGAGAGAUCUUGGCGUUUCCGUGUGCCGUGUCCUUCCGCGUCGCUAACAAGCCGGAGCGCCCCGGACCAGAGCUUCCCAAUGCCACUAAUCGCAAUAGGAAAACAAUCCGUUGCGUAGACGUCGGGGCCCUAUCGAUGUCCGUCCCGUGCCGUCCACGCCCCCACUUUGCCGCCACAGCGUAAAACAAUCAGAAACCGAGUGAAACAAAAACCCGAAAAGAAAUGCCAAAAGAAUAAAAUAAAAUCGCACACAAAGCAAAUAAAGAGGAGAGCCAGAGACGGUGCCGGUGCAGUAGAGAAUAUACAGAGAAAUCAGCGGAAAAUAACAUUGGAAAGCAACGGUAAAAACGAAACGAAUGAAAUCAAAACACCAACGAAGAGUAAAGCGACGACCAACACGGAAGAAAGCAGCAUCAGAAAAAACAACAAACGCAGUACCCAGACCGGUAGAACAAAGCAGGGUCCACUGAACGGAGGAUACCCAACCCCUCUACCCCUACCCCUACCAACCCAAUACAUUGUGGUAUGAAGGGAGGCGGCGCCUACAUCAACAUUGGCUCAAGCAGCAGCAGCAUCAACAGCAGCGUUAGUGGGAGCGGCAGCGGCAGCGGCAACGGCAACGGCAGCAAGAUGACGCUCGGCAAAUCUGUUAAAAUGUACCUGACCAUAUUCAUAGCCACGACCUGCAUUUACAUGGUGCUGUAUCAGUAUCACAUGUCCCGGGAGCCAUUCUCACCCAGCGAAAUUGGAAAGCAUCAAGAGAAAUCAUCAUCAUCAUCGUCAUAUAUCGCCUCAUAUUUGUGGUCACCCAUGUCCCUGCUAAUGGCCAAUAACUCGACAAGCAACAAUGCAACAACAACAACAGCAGCAACAACUACUGUAAGCAAUGUGGCACAGGUGCAGGGCUCUUUUGGGUCCAUCCAAUCGGUUUCAUUAGCUGCUGCUGCCACCCGACCCACACAGGCAUCGUCAUCGGCAUCAGUGGGUGGCGCCCAUAAGACUGCAACAAGCACAUCAACCACUCCUCCUCCUCCACCACCAGCAACAGUGACAUCAACAUCAACAACAACAACAAGAACUACCAAAGCCAAAAAAGCUACAGCAAAUGCCGCCAAAGCCUUGGCCACAUCCACAUCCAUGUCACAGGCCCAGGCCCAGGCCCAGUCCCAGCUGGACGCUGCCCAUAAAAUUCGACCAACAUUCGUUGCCGCUUCAGAGCCCCCGCCGCUGUACAUAAUCACGCCCACCUACCGAAGGCCAGAGCAGCUGGCUGAGCUGACGCGCCUCGGUUAUACGCUGAAGCACGUGGCCAAUCUGCUGUGGCUGGUCAUCGAGGAUGCGAACAAGACAAACCCUUUGGUGGCGCACACCCUGGACCGCAUCGGUGUGCCCUACGAGUACAUGGUGGCACCCAUGCCCGAGAAGUACAAGCAAACGAAAAAGGCCAAGCCGCGCGGCGUCUCCAAUCGGAAUCGGGGCCUCGAGUAUCUGCGCCAACAUGCCACCGAGGGCGUGCUCUACUUUGCCGACGAUGAUAAUACCUAUGACAUUAGCAUAUUCGAGCAGAUGCGGUACAUCAGCAAGGUGGGCAUGUGGCCCGUGGGUCUGGUUACCAAAACGGGCGUCAGCAGCCCCAUUAUACGCAACGGGAAGCUCGAUGGCUACUAUGAUGGCUGGAUAGGGGGACGGAAGUAUCCCGUGGACAUGGCCGGAUUCGCUGUGAACGUCAAGUUCCUGCGGCAGCGACCACACGCACAGAUGCCCUUCAAGCCGGGCUAUGAAGAGGAUGGCUUCCUGCGUAGUCUAGCGCCCUUGGCCAAUGACGAGAUCGAUCUGCUGGCCGACGAGUGCCGUGAUAUCCUCACUUGGCACACGCAAACCAAGAAGAAUCCUCCCGCACAGGCGUUGAAUAAGACGCGCUACAGCAACACCAAUCUGGAGCACAUAGACAAGCUGCUGGUGCGCCCAUAAGAACAGCCAGAAUAAGGACUGUAGUUAGACAUAGAUAGAUAUAGAUGGCGGGGGAGAGUGAGCUCACAAAGUGUCCAUGGACUUGACCAGUUGUACAGGUACAACCUUGGGUUAAAAGUCACGUUUCCACUCUUUACUGUGGACUCUAACCAAUCAGAAUUGAUCAGAUCAUUAGAUCCAAUAGUAGGGUGUACAUUAUUACCAUAAUCAUACGUUAGUUAGUUAGCUCUAAGCGCACACUCUCCUACGAUACAGAACCAGAUACAGCCAGGCUUUGUUUGACCCCAGACACGGCUCCUACUACAUGUUUAAUCACACCUUAAGUACUCUAUUCUAAAUCAUAUCGUAUCGUCCUCGACUACUUCUACUACUAUUAUGUAAAUAUUUGCAAUUCUAUUGAUUUAAGUUUAGGCAUACUUUUGCGUUGAUUUAAGUUGCAAUUUCUUAGAUUUCUAUCAGUCACAACGAAUUGGAUCGGAUGUUCCUAAAGCUACAAGAAGAUAAAGCCCCCAAAAUCGUGCAUCCCUCAAGGUCAAACUAUUGGGUACAAGGUGUCAAGUAUGCAUUUCCCGGAAGGUUCACAAGGAACUCCUCACAAAGCAGUUUGAAUGUGGGCCGCAGCCAUUUAAAUAAUUCAUGUUGACACACAGAAUUUUCUGCAGGCGGCACAGAUACUAACCGUAGUAACUCAAAGACACGGACAGGGCCCGCGAAUCGCGUGCAGCAAGUGCAGCAAACUGUUUACAAUAUGCUAAUGGCAUUCAAUGACUCAAAAAGUUGUUGGCAAAGCGCAAAAUCAAUUCCAAUUCCAGUAUAAAUUAUGCACACUCCCCCAACUCACUCUCACUCUCACUCUACCUUGAUAGAGUCUAGAUCUAAGAGUAGUUUCGAAUUCUAGGUUUCCAACUGCAACACUUUUCGCACUAUCCCUAAGUAAGGAUAAUGAAUGAUAAGAUUAAGUUUACAAAAGAUAAAGAUAAAUAGAUACCUUUGUAUUGUAUUAUAUUCAAGUUAUGAACUGCACUGAAAUAUGACUAUGGCUACGUGUAAAUAUUACGAGUAAAUUCACACCCCGAAAAACAACUAAUUGUAACCAAACAUUUUUACAAAUCCCUCGAUUGUGUAUUGGUAGGGCAAAACUACGACAAAUGGUAUUAUAAAAUUUAUACAAUUUAUACAAAAUACGGAAUACGAUAAGCAGAAGCAAAGCAAUUAGUUAGGUACUUACAACAAAAUCUUACAACAAAAUAUGAAUAUUCGAAUUAUGCUACGAGUAUGAGUAUGAAAUAAUGAAAAUAAAACCUCUCUUCAAGAUACUAACUAUCUCAGAAUCUUCCCCCAGAAUACUAAACGAUACAAGAAAUGCAUAAACUAUUCUCUUAUUCAAGUAAAAUUACAACAUACAAUGUUUAAACCUGAAAGAACUUCAAUCAUUUUUUUAGCAUACAAAAAAUAACUUUCAAAAUAAAAAUUUAUCAACUUUCUAAAACAUUUUCAAAGUA